AUGUUUCUCGAAUUUAUUUCGCUUAAUCCGAUCCGGUCUGGUCCGUGGCUCACGCUCAACAGCUGGCUGUUUACACUUUCUUUCUCCAAAUUCGAUCUGGUAGACGCCUAUCUUCAAAUUCCAAUACAUCCAGAUUCGCCGGCAUUUACGACGUGGGGAUUGUUCCAAUACAACUUCCUCCCGUUCGCUUUGCAUGUAUUAUGCGGAAUCUUUCAGUUCAUAAUAGACAAUAUUUUGUCUGGGUUACGCGGUGUUAUGGCAUAUCAAGGCAAUGUGAUUUUGUUUGGAACAACGAAAGAAGCACAUCUGAACAAUUCGAAGAAACUUCUGGAACGAUUCACGGAGAAAAAUGUGAACAUCACACCAUCUAAGUGCAUGUUUGGAACGAUGGAUUUGGAGUUCCUGGGGUUCACUGUUUGUUCCAAAGGAUAUAGACCUGAUCCCAACCGAUUCAAACCUCUGGUGAAUAUCGAAUCCCCGAAAGAUCAAAAUCACCUACGAUUGAUUAUGGGAUGCCUUCAGCAUUAUUCACGAUUUAUUCCCGAUUUCGGCACCAGGGCCCAACCGUUGUUUGUCGCGCAAUCCGCAGCAGACUGGAAAUGGACCGUGGACUGCGAAAGAACCCUUCACGAAUUGAUACGGAACAUUACUGAACGUCCAUUCCUGGCAUCUUUUUCCCCAUCACAAUCGAUUACACUGGUGAAAGAUGCGUCCGAGGUGGGCAUUGGUGCCGUGUUGGAGCAAGAAGGGCUUCCUGUUUUUUGUAUUUCCCGAUUGCUUAACCAUGCAGAGAAGGGGUACUCGCAGACCCAGAAAAAAGCCCUGGCGGUGUUUUGGGCUGUCCGCAGAUUGCACAAGUAUUUGUUUGGACUGCACUUUACUAUUGUGACGGAUUAUCAGGCGCUACAAUUCUUACUCAACCCCAACAACACCAGCUCCCGUCGGUCCACCCGCCGUCGUGGCGAUCGUGAAAAUACUUCCUCACUCGAUAAUUCCAACGCUGAAGAUCGUGAGCCUCCAAGUAGUGCUGCAACUACGUCUACACGCUCUACAAGACGCCGUCGCCCUCCCAGCCAUGCUGAAAACCCCAGUGAACCGAUUAGCAACGUGGAAACCCGCUCUGGCCUUCGAACCUCGGAAGUUGAGCCGGGAAGUCCACUUUCAUACAGCGACAUGUCCAGUGUGACUGGCGGUGUCGGUGAAGCGAUGAGCUCCAUUCGCCCGGGGGUCAACGAUGAAGCUGCUGUCCGUGCAGUACUGUCGCAGUCUGGACCCCUCGUUCCAGCCGCCGGAACUGGUGGAAGUAUGGAAACCACCGAGGGUUCUGCACGAAGUGUACCUCAGGUAGGUUUCCACAUAUUCCCUUUCUGUUUAGACAAAUGA